AUGGAGAGUGGAAAUCAUACCAACAAUGGAAGUAGUCCACGUAGACUCCACCGAGCAAGUAACACAACAGCUCAAAAUGCUGUUAGUGAUCAAGGGGCAAGAGUAACGGCACUCGGCAACAUUCAUUUAUCCGAUAAUGCUGUUGACUUUCUAAGCCUUGAACCAUCAUUUUCAAUUUCACAUCGAAUCGAUGGGUCAACAUUCCGCAAAGUCACAGUAGGCCUCCACAAGCUUCGGGACCAGCUUCGAAUCAGAGCAAGGAAUGAAAGUAACCAUCAACAGGCUGCACCUAUGAGCAGAAGAGCGUUACCCCCAACAAAAUUUCCGCGCAACUCCUAUAAAGAACCCGAACCAGCUCGCGAAACAGAUACAAAAUUUAGGAUUCUGUUAUCUGGGGUGUUGUCCGCUUAUAACUACCAUAGACGACUCACCCUUAACAAUCUCACGCGCGAGCAAUGA